AAAAAGGGGGGACAACUCCAAAAGCUCCGCACUCACGCCCUCUUGUUAUGUAGCGCUCUCAUCUCUUUUCUUCUAACAUUUUCUUCACAAACUAUGGGACUCUGUUGCUGUUUUCUACGGAAAAACGACCACGAAGAUGAAACCAAUUUGAACCCUGACCCGAAAUGGAGAACCCACUGCACGUGGUAUCCCAGACCAGUUAAGGAGGUACGCAGAAGACAGAUGGCUGACGCUGCUGAGAAACGAAAGAAAUCCCAAGAAUAUCGGGGCAUAACGGACCCAGAAGGCUAUAAAAGACGGCAGAAAAAACAGCAACAGUUAGACGAACUAGACUCACAACCGUCGGAAAAUACCAAUCUAAGGUGGCAAGUAGAUUGAACAAUUUUUGAAGAAUUGAGAAGCAGGAGGUCCAUUUCCAAAGACUUUUCUAUAAUCUAUGAUGACAAAAAAUACUACAAAAACAAACCUUUUUUUUUUCCACCUCUGAAUAUAUUCUUUUAUAUUUGGUUCUAUUUAUGAUAAUAAAAUCCUGUAACCGUCUUUUCAAAGUACCCUAUACCUGGGGUCAUUGUCUAUGCUCUGUCUCAUGUCCCUAUUAAUUUGUCAUAAUUUUCAAACCCUUAAAAUUAAUCUUCUCCACUCAAUUUCAUGUGUGUGUGAGAUGAUGGUGAUGGUGAUGAUGAUAUUUAUUUCUUUGAAAACUUUAUUAAUUUUCUUUUUUUUUUUACCCCCCUCUCUAUGUGUUAGGAAUAAAAAUAAAAUAAAUUAUUAUAUAAAUAAAUAUUAUUAUAAAAAAAGUUUUGGUAGAGAAUGAAGACCACCAAAGCUUUUCCUAUCUGUUUCUUGUCUCAUCGCACUAUACACACUCCUGGUUCUCUUAACCCAGGGAAUUCUCAUUUAAAACCCCUUGAAUUUCUUUGUAUAAAUGAUGUUAGGAACUGUGUGUGUGUGUGUGUGUAUUAGAAUGUACCAUGUGAAAUAUAAUCUUCUUAAAAGAAAAAUUAAAACUAUUUUAAAUUGAGUUAAAGAAACUUAUUUAAUUAAACUAAUCUUUUAUCAAUGUGAUGUUAAAUGAACCUUUUAUUUGGCCCUAAUAUUCUGUUUGUUUUUUAUGUUCAAACCAGCUAGAUCUGGCUUCUCACACCUACCCGACAAUGUCAUUCUAACAAUAAACAAUAAUUUGAAAUCUUGAAGCCACAAAAUAACGUAUGAUUAGAUUAAAUAAAUACACAUUACAUUUGACAGAGCAGCCUUAAUGCUAACGUGUCCCACAAUCCAACAAAAAAAAACUCCUUCUUUGAGAGUUGGAACUUCUCAAAUUCUUCAUCUGCUUUUUGAUUCCCAAAUCUUCUAUUAGAGUGUGAACAGUUCCAGCUGUUCGAAAAGAUGUUGAGCGAGGUGGGUGUGAAUUUUCACAAAGAGUUCUGGUUGUGAUCAGUGUUAAGGCAAAGCCUUCUCUUCAUACGGUGGAAUUUGUCUGUUUCGUUUCUGUCUCUGAACCCGUUCUUGGCUGUUUUGAUUUUGGUUUUUCAUGUAUACGGUUGAUUCCCUGACAGUAUGAGUUUGUAGUUAUAGAUUCCUGUUGUUCGCAAGAAAGAAUACUACAAUAUAUCUUUUAUAAACCAUUCUACAGUCAUUAUAAGUUUCAAUGGAAUGCAGUGGCUGCUUUGGAAAACGUUUCAAAGACUUUUCUGCAUCUCCCUCCUUGCUGGGAAUCUUCAGUAUUCUCAAACCACACUCAUUUCUUUCACAUCUAAAACGAUGGCACAAUAAAAGCUACUAAAAUCCUACUAAGGAUUAGCACUCCUCAGUUGCACCAUUAAAUGGUCACAAUGUCUCAUAUUCUGUAGAAGAACCCUUUGUCCAGUUUCUUCACUUUUCUGAUGUCACAGCAGGAAAUAAAAGUGAAGUUAAGUUACCUUGGGUCAUACUGACUCAUAAGGGCUGCUUUCCAUGGCCUAUAUAUUCUCCACUGGGACAGGACGCUGGUCAAUUGCAUGAUUACUCACUUUUUCCAGCUGGAGCAGCAUGAAGUGUUUUGCUCAAGAAUGCAAUGCAGGGCCUGGUCCAGGAAUUGAAACCACACUCUUAUGAUCAUGAGUCCAACACCCUAACCACUAAGCCAUGUGUCUCCACACCGAAGAAAAUGGCCAAAGGAGCUACAACUAAGUCUACUGCAAAUUGCCAAACUCAUGUCCUGAUAUUUCUGUCCACCGAUUCUUUUGUCUUCAUUCCUGACUGGUUUUUGUUUCUCUCUUGAAGUUCAUUCUAAAGACUCUCAUCUCUAGAAUGAAAUUUCCCAACAACCAUUGCUACGUUGUUUGUAGAUUAACACCACAAUCCUCUCCGAAUGCUAAAUUGGUGUAUGGUUAUUUCGUAGGUUUGGCUGAAUUGCAUCUUAAUAAGGACAUAUAUAUAUAGGGAACACAAGAAGAAGAAAAAAAAGAAUCAUCCUUGUUCCAAAGGUCACUAUAUUGUGGAGGGAGCACAAAAUACUUAUUAGCGACACCACCACCUGAAAAGUGAAAUCAAAGAAAUAUAAAAGGCCUCCCAAUUGUACAAAAUGGGUUAACCGACCUCCUGUCACUUCUGUUAACAUUUAGGACUGUAGAUUGUAAAGGGUUUCAUAUUGAGAAAACGUUUCAUGUGGUAUACUCUAAUACUCAUCUAACUUUCUAGCUAGCAAGCUAGAUCUGUCUGUCUGGCAAGCUAUCUAGCAAUCAGGUUAGCUAGCUAGCUAGCUAUUUAGAUAUACAGAUAAAGAAAACAGGAAAUGUUAAUGUUAGGAAAAUAGAGAAUGAAAAGAAAAGAGGAAAGAAAAAUAACUAAAAACCAUCUUUCAUUCUGAUUUCUUGAGCAAGUUUUUUUUUCCAGCUAUUAAAGAUAGCAUCUCGACUUUUAUAAUUCAAAGAGUGGAAUUUAUGAUAUUACAAUUAAUUCUUUACUUACAUGUGAUUUGACAUGUGUUGAAGCACUCAUAACUAAAGAAUUAUCUUUAAUACCAUUAAUGCCAUUCUUUGGCUUAAUGUAUUAUACUCUGUGACUUAUUGUUUUAGCCCUGGAAUUUCAAUUUACAUGCACAGUCCCCUUUUAGGGAAAUCCCCUAUUUAUAUACACUGUUAACCAAUAUUUGCAAGAGUGCUGACUAAGGAACAGCUUGGAUUUAUUAAUCCCACCUUAAUCUGAAAUGAUCUGCCUUUGGUACAGCUAAAUUUGUUCAAUUUGAAUGUUGAAGAAUUAGCUUAACACUUCAGAGUUCCUAAUGCUAAUACCAUUUUAACCCUUUAAGCAUUUAAACUGACCAUAUCCAGCCUAAAUAUUCUGUUUUAUGUUCAAACAGGCCAGAUCUGGCCUCUUACACUUACCCCACAAUGUCAUAUCAUUGAAAUCUCAAAGCUAUGAGAUAAUGCAGAAUUAAUUCAAAGCAUUACAUUUGAGAGAAUAAUGUGAAUAAUGCUAAAGAAUUAAGGGAUUACUAUAAUUUUCUAAACAAAAAUUUUGAAUUUAAAAUAUAAAUAAAUAAAUAAAACCAAUCCCUGUUUGGUUUCUGAAAGAUUUUUCUUGCCAAAACUAACCUUUCUAUAAAAUCAGCCUUAAUUACCAGCCAAUCAGAUUUGGCAAACUUAAAAUUCUAAAGAGCAUUAAUUAUCUCAAAGAAACCAUCUUUCACAAUGAUUGACAGCUGCAAAUAUGGUCCUGGAAUUAUUUUUUCGUUUUGUUUCUUAUUUCCACAAACCCAUAACCUCUAGCAGAAAAAACCUGUUUUAACCCUAAAUCUAUAUUUCUAUUUCUCCUAAAUAUUGUAAAGUCAUAUAUUUUUUUAUUCUUCCUCAAUUUUGGCUUUGUAAAAUUUUUAGGAAAUAAAUCAAUAUUGCUUUA